CGUGCCAAGUCGACAGAGGUUUUGUAAUGUCUAUAAGCAACGACUCAACGAGUUUGUUUGCUACCUUCUCCGGUAUGCCAAGCGGCAUAUGAGUUCUCUGAUACAUUGAAUUUUGAUCAGGAACUCGCUGUCGAUCAAGAGAGAUGGACUUGUCCGUCAGCCCGGACGUUUUCAAAUACCUCCAGUCGUUGGAUGUCAAGAGCUUGUCGAAAUGCGAGCCAAAGCGGAUUCGGCCAGUUUUGCCUUGUUUGGUCCGAAUGAGCCUCAUCUCGCCUCUCGACUCGACUCGAAGCUGCUCGGAGAAUCGCAAAGAGAUCCUCACCAUACUCUCGGGGAUAGAGAUGGUCAACUCGAUCGUAGCUCUCCUUUCCAUCGACUUCCACGCCCUGGAAGUCGAGGUAAGGAGGGAACAACAGCUCAGGCAGAAAGGUGGCAGCGCCCAUUCUGAUGGACUUUUGGUCCAGUCAAUUCAAAAUGGUCUUGCGAUGGAGUUUGAAAGAUCCGACCCCACACGGCGCCUCAGGCUUGUCUUGAGCGAGAUCCUUUAUAUAUCUUCCCUCAUACAAGAAGAACAGCAGAUGCAACGAAGCACCAUUGAGACAUUUGUAAAACACUCUGACCUGUUUGAAAACUCAGUCUACAUCCCUGAGAUAUGCGAUGUCCUCAAUAUUGCAUUGUCAGAGCUGCCCGCUCUGCUUUCCAUCACGGAAAUAGCUGAAACUCUCCUACAUAUGAAACACGGCCCUGAUAUAAUAUGCUGGCUCGUCAUCAAUUCGCCAGAUUGUUUCUGGGAGGUUUGUAAAGCGCUGGUUUCCAAUUCAGACAAGUUGGAGGAUGAGAACAAUGGUGGAAAAAUCAGGAUUCAUACGCUGGUCAAGCUUUGCCGUAUUAACCCGUGUUUGGCCUUUGCUGUUAGAGCAAAAUGUGUUGAACUGUGUCGAAUGCCAGCUUUGACUAUUUUGCUUAGUCUAGAACACACUUUGAAAGUGGCUAAAGGAUCUAUGUGCGACAUUGUCUCAUUCAUUUCAGGGUUGCUUUUAGGCAACGACCAACAAGUGCGAAAUUGGUUCUCUAGUUUUAUCAGAGGAAGGCAAAAGAGAAGUAAAGAAAAUCAGAGCAGUCUUCAGCUUCUAAGAGAUGAACUUUUAGUGUAUCUGAAACAAAUUGUAUCCAUUUCUGAAGACAAUAAAUUGCCCGAAUCAUAUGUAGUGCAGGCAUCGUCUUUGAUGAGGCUUUACUGCGCCCUCAGGGGAAUCGCUGGCAUCAAGCUUCAAGAAGAUGAGAUUUCACAACUAGUUAAGCUUAUAACUUCACAUCCACCUCCAUCAACGGCUGGCGUUAGAUUUGUUUCUCUCGGGCUGAGUAUGCUGAUAGCCUGCCCGUCUUUGAUUGGAAACCACGAAGCUGCUUGCAUCCAGUGGGUUCAAUGGCUAGCAAGCGAAGAAGCGUAUCUAGAGAGUGGAAGCGGUGUUACUUCUUCUUUUGGAGAAAUGCUCCUUCUCAUGGCCAUACACUUUCACAGCAACCAACUCAGCGCAAUUUUCGAUUUGGUCUGUUCAACAUUGGGAAUGAAGGUACAAAUCAGGCCUAACAACAUGACCAAAAUGAAACACGUCUUUACACACGAUAUAUUCACCGAGCAAGUAAUUACAUCUCACGCUGUCAAAGUACCUGUGACGAUGAACUUAAAUGGAAAUAUGCAAGGAUUUCUACCAGUUCAUUGCAUUCAUCAGCUUUUGAAAAGCAGGGCUUUCACAAAACACAAAGUUCCUAUUAAAGACUGGAUUUACAGGCAGUUGUGCGUAAGUGUACCACCCUUGCAUCCUCUUCUUCCUGCGUUAGUUGAGGUCUAUAUCAAUUCAAUUCUUCUACCAGCUGGACGAUUUUCCCUCGAGAACACAAACCAGCCGAUAUCUGAAGACGAAAUUAGGGUUGUUUUCACGUCGAUUCUCACAAACAAGAAGAAAAAAGUAGAAAAGCCCAAAUAUUCUUUGACAUCCCAGCUUCUCCUUCUUUAUUAUCUUCUACACUACGAAGACAUCAGGCUUUCCUUGCAGACCACAAAUAGAAAUAGUGCCAAAUCAUACUCUCAGGAAUUUCUUUCCGAACUGCCAAUCAAAUAUUUACUCCAUCAAGCUCAAAAAGACCAGGCAAGCUAUAGUGGUUUAUUUUCCUCUUUGCUAAGACUUUUGGUUACACAUUUUCCACAUCUUUGCCUCGUUGACGAUUGGAUGGAAAGGCAAUCUCACAGCAUCGGUACACUGUACUCUGGUGAUAGGCAUCACAAAAGCCUUGUCCUCACACAAGACAAUAUUGCUCACGGUUUAAAUGAAAUGAUGACCUGCCCUUCACAUACUGGGAAUCUCCUUGGUGUAAUGUUAGACGCUCCACCUACUUUUCUUUGGCAGUUUGCACCAGUUAUAAUUAAACAUUUUAGACAGGCGUUAGAUCCUUCAGUUCCUCGUUAUGUGCAAGAGCUAUACAAACAGGUAUGGCUUAGGUUGAACUCCGUUCUUCCAAGGUGUCUUUGGAUUAUGACCAUAAACGCACUUCUCCCGGACAAUUCGAUGAUGAAAUGGCCAACACUAACUCAGAAAAAUGUGGUUGUGGAUCCACUACAAGUCCUCCGGUGUGACCCAAGAGUUUUCAGGUGUGCACCUUUACUGAGCAUCGUACUGAGAGUGCUUGAAUCAUGCUUGGCUGCUUCACAGUCUCAACUGUCGAGACAUCUCCUUGACAGCCCGGUUCAUGAACGUCGAGGUUCUUCAUGCACAGAUGCUGAAAGGGAAGAACUGAGAUCAGCCCUUGUCUCAGCGCAAGAGAGUCUUGCGGUUCAGAUUCUCCUUGAAGCCUGCUUAGAAACACCUCAAGAUAAAGAAAUUCGAGGACAAUCUUGGGCCCUUCGUGAAGUACAAAGUGUUGUUUGCUCUUAUCUCCAUCAACUUUUUAUUUCAGAACCGUCCUUGGCCAAACUUGUUCAUUUCCAGGGUUAUAUAAGAAAACACCUCCCGGUGACGAUAGCGGGUGUGCCUUCUUUGCACAUUUGCCUCGAUUUCAUUCCAGAACUUUUGAGCCAACCUGUGCUCGAGAAGCAGGUUUUUGCAGUUGACCUCGUCUCCAGGCUCGCUUUACAAUAUUCCCUUCCUAAAGCAAUGAGUGUCACAAGGCUUGCAAUCAAUACACUUUCUACACUUCUUUCUGUUUUGCCAAAGCAAAGCAGAGAAGAGCUUUUCUCCGAUACGCUCGACUGUCUGGUCAGAAUAUGCGAAGCAUUCCCUCCUCUCAUUGAAGAUGUCGUCUCGCUACUUUUACAGCUUGGUCGCGUGUGCCGUUCGGAAAAUUCGCUCGCUGGCUCUUGGGCCUGGGAAGAGAAUUCACCACAGUUUAGUUUAUUCUCCUCAGAAACUUUGUCGCAUAAGAUUAACCGGACUUUUUCAGCGAUAUCAAAAAAGCCGUUUUAAACAGACUUGUUUAUUGAUUUUAUGACAGCUACAUUUUUUAUAAAUGUGUACUUCAAAAACAGUCUGACUAUCGAUGUACAGGUUUUCAAUGUAAAAGUUUUGUAUAUAUUUCAAACAUAUCCAUUUAUAUACAUUUUAUUUUGAUUAAUUAAUAAAUGUGGAUU